AAUGCAGGACACUGGGCUCCGGCGGCCAGAUUUGGGGUCUAGGUGAAGCGGAGCCGGGCCGGGGCCGGCCGGGAACAGGCCUGAGGCUGAGCGGCGGCGACAGCGGUGGCCGGGAGGGGGGAGGAGAGGCGCAGCCGGAGGAGCCGCCGCAGCAGCUCCCCCGCCUCCCGGGCUGAGGGCGGAAAGAAAACAUGCAUAUACAAUUUUCUUCUGAUGAAACCUAAUGUAUUCAAGAAAAAGAAUCUUGUUUUUUGGAAGGAUGGAAAAGUUGGGAAUAAUUUUUUCCCCUUUGAUGAUUAGACCAGUACUGUUGCUUAAUUUUUUGGCUCAGUUACUUUGAUGUGGUUACAAGAGGAAUUUUGGCUGUAAUGGAUUUCAUACAUUUUUAAUGUCUAAUUUAAUAGGGAUAUAGACAGUUGGUUUAAACCAACAUUUUUGGAUGAGGAGAGGCUAUGGAAAUGAAGAAAGAAGUGUUUAGAAAUAUCACACAAACAGCAUUUUAAGAAAGAAAGAUGGAUCAGCCUAGUGGAAGAAGUUUCAUGCAAGUAUUAUGUGAAAAAUACAGUCCUGAAAAUUUUCCUUAUCGCCGUGGCCCAGGGAUGGGAGUCCAUGUCCCAGCCACACCUCAGGGCUCUCCUAUGAAAGAUCGCCUCAACCUCCCAAGUGUACUAGUGUUGAACAGCUGUGGAAUAACCUGUGCAGGAGAUGAGAAGGAAAUUGCUGCCUUCUGUGCUCAUGUGUCGGAACUAGAUCUGUCUGACAACAAACUCGAAGACUGGCAUGAGGUCAGUAAAAUUGUGUCAAAUGUUCCUCAGUUGGAGUUUCUAAACCUGAGUUCCAACCCUCUGAAUUUGUCGGUUUUAGAAAGAACAUGUGCUGGGUCCUUCUCUGGGGUUCGCAAACUUGUCCUCAACAACAGCAAAGCUUCUUGGGAGACAGUCCACACGAUACUGCAGGAGUUACCAGAUUUGGAGGAGCUCUUCCUGUGCCUUAAUGACUAUGAAACAGUGUCUUGUCCUUCUAUUUGCUGUCAUUCUCUUAAGCUACUACAUAUAACAGACAAUAACCUCCAAGACUGGACUGAAAUACGAAAGUUAGGAGUUAUGUUUCCUUCACUGGAUACCCUCGUCCUGGCCAACAAUCAUUUGAAUGCUAUUGAGGAGCCUGAUGAUUCAUUGGCCAGGUUGUUUCCUAAUCUUCGAUCCAUCAGCCUCCACAAGUCAGGUUUGCAGUCCUGGGAAGACAUUGAUAAGCUAAAUUCAUUUCCCAAACUGGAAGAAGUGAGAUUGUUAGGAAUUCCUCUUCUGCAGCCUUAUACCACUGAGGAGCGAAGGAAAUUGGUAAUAGCCAGAUUGCCAUCAGUAUCCAAACUUAAUGGCAGCGUUGUUACUGAUGGUGAACGAGAAGAUUCUGAGAGAUUUUUUAUUCGUUACUAUGUGGAUGUUCCACAGGAAGAAGUGCCAUUCAGGUAUCAUGAACUGAUCACAAAAUAUGGGAAGUUGGAGCCUUUGGCAGAAGUGGACCUAAGACCCCAGAGCAGUGCAAAAGUAGAAGUCCACUUUAACGAUCAGGUGGAAGAAAUGAGCAUUCGUCUGGACCAAACAGUUGCAGAACUAAAGAAACAGUUAAAAACUCUGGUACAGUUACCCACAAGCAACAUGCUUCUCUACUAUUUUGACCAUGAAGCACCCUUUGGCCCAGAGGAAAUGAAGUACAGCUCUCGGGCAUUGCAUUCUUUUGGCAUUAGGGAUGGAGAUAAAAUUUACGUGGAAUCCAAAACAAAAUAACCUCUACCAGCCUUGUGAAAACGUACACAUAAGGACUUGUUGCAGGGCAUUUGUUUUUAAUGUGGUUUUCUUUAGGAGGGAGGAGGUUGUUUUUGUUUUGUUUUGUUCUGUUUAGGUUUGGGAGGGAUUUUGUAUUUUUUCCCACCUGAAGUGGGUAGGGGGCCAUUUUUGGUAUUUUCUACCACAGAUUUACUUGGCUCAGCCAGUGGAAUUGGCCACAUUUCCAGUGUAUGUGCCCUCUGUAAGGAAAGAUGACAAAGAAAUCACCGACUUCUUACUGUGUUCACUGGGAUUUGCCUGCCACCUGAUUAUCGUUACUGUUGGGUACACUUGUGAAGAUAACAUGAACAGUGUAGCCUCUUAGAAGGGUCUCCUAGAGAAUUUAAACGGGGGGACAAGGAAUCUUCACAGGAAGGGCCAGAACUUCUCUCUCCCAGUUCUUCCUUCCGCUACCCUCCCUCCUUGGCUUUUUUGGUUCAGUUCCAUUUUUUUUUCAUUUUGAUGUGUGGUUUACCUAAUAGUUUUGUUCUGUUCAUAAUUCUUAUUUCUCAACCUGGGUGAUGUUUUUGUUCUCGUUUCUCCCUUUUGAAAUAAUUGAAAGUGUUUUAAGCAUUUUUCAACCUGAUUCUAAUCUCAGGUACGCAGUAAGAAGCUAUAACUCUGUUAGAACCUCGAAGAAGAAUAGAUGUAGAGUGAAAACUCCAGGAAAACUUGCAGUUAUUCUGGAAGCACCGGCAGAACAGUCUGAUCUCUUUGUAUGUUACUGACUCACUUUUAAUGUCCCUUGUACGUUAUGUCAGCCAUUAUUUUCAUAACAUGAAAUAUGUCAGAUUCUAGAGUUCUUUUGUUUUUGCUUAUUGAAUGUAUUUUCUCAUGUCUUUCUUUUUCAUUACUUUAAACUAUUGGGAACUGAGGCCUGACUUUAUAAAUAAUUCAAUAGAGUCCUGGAUACGUGCACCAGGAGAGUUGAGAAUUAGCUCGCAAACUAUCUAUGGUGUGUGUGGGGAAUGAAGGUGAGGAAUGUGGGGGAAGAGCUUAUGACUUUCCCACCUGUGUCAUCCAUUCGAAGACCUUACUCUUGCACUUUGCAUUAAAAGUGGGAAACAUUAAUCAAAGGGAGCUUUUAUGCUCAGGUUUUCCCUGGGGCUUUGUGAUGUAAUAAUUGAACAAUUCUUUUGUUUUAUAUUUCAAUUUAGUUGCCUCAUAGAAGUAUAACUGCCCAAUCUAUGAGUAAAGUAUAAGUGUCAAAACUUCACAAUUGCCUCCAAGUCAUAUUUUUUGCAGAAGCACAUUUAAAGCACUUUUCUGUAAAAGCUAGUUCCUUACCUACUUGGAAAUCUUUUUGUUUGUUCUUCUAUUCGUUUGUUAAUCAGAUGUAAUCCCUUUCUUUAAUGUGUAUUUUUCUCGGUCCACCAUGUUUAUAGAUGGGAAGCUUGAGAAAUACAAGUGUGUAAGUGAAGUAUUUUUCAAAGAAUGCAAUUAUCUGAUUGCAUUUGACCUUUUGACCUUUGUUACAUAAUUCCACCCCUCCUACAAAUUUAAUUUUUUUAUGAAAUUUUUAGGUGACUCUUGUAAAAUCUUCAUGUAUGAGGAGUUGUGUUUAUUAACGCUACUUUUUAAAUUUUCCUGUGCCAUGUGGCAGAUGUUUAUUCUCUUAAUGCACUUCAGGUUUGUUAUCUGUAAAGCCUUUGACCCAGGCCUACUGAGUCAAAUCUACAUUCAGUGUAACAUUAAAGGUGGAAACCAAAGGGUUUGAGAAAGAUGAAUAAGGCCUAUUCUCCUUCUGCUGCAGACAUUAUCUUUCAAAAUCAUAAAAAUGAGCCAUGGAGAUCCAGGCUGGGUAUAGACAAGAAUAAUUAUUUUGCAAACACAUUUUCCUGACAGACUUUUGGUAGGAAAAAAGUAUGGCAACAGUGUCAUGAAGAUUGAAACUGUAGGUGCUUUGUGUAUGUAUGCAUGAGUGCAGACGAGUUUGAGAGAGAAACAGUGUAAUUGAGCCCCAAGCUUUUGUCCGCCUGGGAAACAGAUGCAUUCUUAUUUUUUGAAGUUGUAUGACCCUGGACUGUCCCACAGCAGAAGGCAGAACAAACACUUAUGUUAUGCUUUAAUCAUAAGUGGAAUGGUCACAAUUAAUAAGAUAUUUUAUAUAUGGCAAAGUUUUAUGAAAUGCUUUUUUACUAUUAGAGACCUGUUUCUUCUGUUAUUACAGAACACAGUGUUUAUCAACUGCGGGCAUAAUUCUCUUAUUAUACAGUUGCAUGUAAAGGGAGCUUCUCAUUUAAUUCAGCGAAUAUGGGUAUUUUUACGGCAUUGUAAUUGAUGGUUUUAAUAAUUGCUGAAUAAUUUUUGAUUAAGAGAAAAAUGUAAUACAAUUACUGGUCUUUUAGAGUUACAGGACAGAAGUUAAUGCAAAAAGCUAUUUGAGCAUGUGUACUUAUAGAUUCAUUUGGGUGGCUGAGUAAAGAUGCUGCUUUUGAAAUAAAAUUGGUGCUGUGUAGACACUUGUAACCAAAAUUGUUUUUAUAACAGGACUAAAGGAGAGAAGAGACCAUGGACCUUUGAGUUUACAUGUUAUGCCUAAUUGAUUAUCUGCAGCUUAUCUGUAUUUUAAUACUGACUUUGCCCAGAUUCAGGGAGAGCAUAUUAUUGACAUUUUGAGGCAAAAUGCUGUCAUAGCCAGUAUUACUGAUAUGUUGCCGCAGGCACAAUGUAUAGAACAUAUCUUUUCUAAAAUAGGAAUUAUUUCCAGUUAUGAAAAAGGAAAAGAGUAAUAAAACCAAAUCAAAGCCAAGGGAUCUUUUCUACAUGUGGGUGAAUGGCUGCUGAAGCCAUUGUAGAAAUCAAUUUUUGAAUUUGAAUUGUUGAAAUAUCCUAGAUUGCUUUAAAGGAAAAAAUCCAGUCAUAUAUCUUUUUUUAUUAUUAAGUUUUUGCAACCUUUUGCCACCAUUGCCAUAAAUACGUAAGAAAGCAGCAGAUAGUAUAAGCCCCUUGUUAUUAAGACCUUUCAGUUAAUAUUAAGGCCAAAAUGUAACUUGAGCUACGUAUAACAGGGCUGAAUGCUACAGUGUUUUUAAAAAUUUCACUUAUUUUUAAAGAAAGGAAAAUUCAAUUCUAACCAGAUGUUCCAGCUGUGUUGCUCAACCAGCAGUGGUAGGAGCAGAGAGCACUUGCACUACGAGCUGAUCACCAUUUGAGGCGUGCAGCUGAUAGCUGUUACUAACGCACAUGUGAGUGUAGCUUGCUGCAUGAAAAUACUAGGCUCUAGGGCAUGUAAAACAUGAAUACAGAAUACUAGAUUGUUCUAAGUAAUGUCAUUUCUGUUUAUGAAUUUGAUUUUUCCCUUCAUUUCAUGUCAAAUUGAAAAUGCAAACAAACUGCUUUCAAGAACACCCAGAAGCUAUCUGUGUUACCAGAUGUGUUGUGAACACUCUACUAUUUUUCAUAGGUGCUUCCUUGAAAUAUAUGUCCAUUGUAGUGGUGGAGAGGGACUGGACUCUCUCAGGCUCUUUACUUGCCAGUUGUCUCCUGCAGUUAAUGGAAAUAUAUAUAUAUAUAUAAAUUAUAUUUUAGAAUAUAAUUUAAACAUGAAGGUCUAUUCUUUGCAUUUUAUAUAUAUAUAUAUAUAUAUAUAGAUAAUCUUUAAAAAAUUAAAAUUCAAGUCCAUUUU